AAACUUUAUUACGAACGCAUCGAGCAUGCGGUUAAUAUCAUUGUUGAGGAGGAAAUGCGUCUAUCGUAUCAGAUAUAUAAAGAAGAGCGAGACGAACGUGUUAAUAAUGAAAUUACUAAACGUUAUAUGCACCGCGACACAGUCGUGGAUAAAAUGAAACAGCUCCACAGAGCUGUUUACAACUUCUGUAUGUCAUUGAAGACUAACACACUCGACAUACAUAAAUACGAAAAGAUUGACUACCUCAUGGAUCGACAACACAAUUUCUUUAAGGAAACCGCAUCGCUUAAUACUCGCGAGAAGAAAUGCACCCAACAAUACGUAGACCUCCAACGACUACUUAUGCAGCUUGAGAUUGAGUCACAGCGCAAACUGAACGAUUUGCGCUUAGAGCAUGCCUAUUUUCUCAACGAACGAAAGGCCAUUAAAUAUAAAAUGAAAAUCGAUACUGAUAUAACAUUUGAGAAGCUCAGAAUUCUGGGCGCUACAAGCUACGAUGUCAUACGGAGAUACAGAGAUUUGAAGAAGAAAGGUGAUCUGCUGUUGUCAUUGGCUGCUAUGUGCCGACAAUACGAAACACAAUCCGAGAAAAUUGUGCCCUGGCAGGAAGCAGAAAGACCAAUUGGUUAUAGAGAGCAGGAACAGGAAAUAUUUAGGCUUCAAACUUUAGAUCUAAAAAUGCAUGUGGACUUGACUGAGGCUGAUCUAUUAGAGCAAUUCAAAAUUUUGAAAAAUUUCUGGCGUCGUCAGUCACUGGUGGAAUUGCAGAACUUAUUGUUAACCGAUGAAAAGAAUCGAUUACUGGAAGAGAACAAAAAAUACUGUGAUUUUAUAAAAGCAAUGAAUAAGACAGAAGAUGAAAAUGAGCUCCUGAAAGCACUUACAGUAACAAAUGUACUUCCAGCACCAGGACUGCCUUGUCGUAAUUUUUUUUGGAGAGGAAGAAGAAAGAAAUAAAUUAUUGUUUAUUGUAAAUGUUGUUUAUUUUGUUUGUAA